CGAGUGCUCAGUUCCUAACUACGUGUCUCUUUUUAUCAGUGCUACAACGACAAUAACCGGAACCUAUGCAACAAGACUGUGUCGGACGUGUCUGCAAUUUUUAUGUGCGUCACGACCAAAAUCCUUUCUUUGGGCUUCAAUGGUUACCAGUUUUACAAUAUCUACCCUUUAGUAGCAGAAGUAUUCGGAAGAAGUGGUCAGAACUUGACUGCGAUGGACUUCCUCGCUUCGUACUGUGACGAUGCCUCCCACGCCAGCGACGCGUUCUGUCAAGUCGACCCGAGCAUCGAUGACGCCACCUGCGGCACGCCCAUUGUGUUCGAUGUGCCCGUACCAGAAGGAAACGAUGCGCAGUGUGAGCAGAGCGAUGCCUGCCAGAGCGUGCUACCGACCGACCCUAAAUUCAGUCGCUUCAUUGCCAACGAAUUUGUGUGUGUUGCGAAUCUCCAGUCGGCGUCCGUAAGCGGAGAGAUAUACAAUGACGUGGCGUGCUUCCUCGGGUACCUACUGAGCAUACUGGAUUUGACUCAAUUCACGGUUGAAGAGCAGCUGAACACUGUGAAGCUUCAGCUCCUAGCCUCAGGCACCUGCACGCUAAGACAAAGACCGGCAAGCAGAGCCAGGGCACGAAACGCCGCACGCUCUUUGUGUGGCACCUUUCCUGUCUCCUGUACAUAAACUCCUCACGUUGUUCGCCGACUUUAACCAUGUAUAAUGCUCUCGGUGAACACAAAUUAGGAAUGCGGCGCAAAAGACCGAGAACAAAAAAGACGGGCGACCAAAACUUAUUUACCCAAGAUGUUCCGUGCGAAUAACGCGAGUGUUUAAUCGGACGAGAAACUUUUAUUCAUCUGCCCGAAUCGGGUUGCAGAAGAUUAUAUUGUCAUCGACAGAUUCAAAAAUGAAGCACGCGGAAUAUUAUAUGCUCGUGAUUCUUGCUUUUCCAUUUGCUUUUACAGCGGAACUGUUCAAAGCUAGUUUCCCCAGGAUCGUGUCCGCCAGCAAACAAAUGAUGACACAAAACUCCGGACAGCUACCGCCAUCUAU